AUUCUAUUUUGAUAUUCCUAUUUUCAAUAAUCAAUAGUUGAUAUCAAUAAAAAGAAUCACAAACAAUUUUAAAAUUAAAAAUUAUUUUUAUUGUUAUUAUUUUUAUUAUUAUUACGACAAUAUUGUGGAACUAAAAGAAAAAAAAAACAAAAUAAAAAAUCAGAAUACUUUUAUGCUAUAUUGCCGAAGCAAAGUUACUCAGCAUUGUACUUGUUUUUAUCUGAUUUCCCUUUUCAUAAGUAAGAACAAUGAUAAAUAUGUCACAUUUAUCUUAAUUUAGGACAGUUUGUGUAAGUUGAAAAAAAUCUAUUAAACGUAGCAAUCAAUAUAAUUAAUUAUUUUAUUUUAAUUUUUUAUUUAUAUAACUUGUAAUAGAUUAUUAUUUAUCAUUAAUCUAAUUAUGAUCCAAUCACAUAUUAAUCAUAACUAUCAAACUUAUUUUUGUUAACCUUAUCAAAUAUUUUUAACCAUAUUAUUUAUUAUGUACCCUGUCGGUAAUUUCCUUGACUUGAAUAGUCAGCUUAUGAAGGUACUCGUCACCAAAACAAAAUGGACUCUUAGUUGCUACCUCAACAAGGAUUAUGUUGCAUCGGAGUUGAUACAAAGAACUGGUACUGACCUGACCGGUUUCCAAUCUCCUGGUCGUUUUCAUUUUAUACCAUUACCAUUCAGAGAGAAAAUAAAAUAAAAGUUUGUAGUUUUUUUUCCACGUUAAAUUUGUACACUAAUAAGAAAUAUAAAAGAAAAAUGAAUAAUAUAACGAAAAAAAAGUAAGUUAUAUUUUUUAAAAAUGAUUAUGAAUGCAUGAAAAAAGAAAUUAGUAUCGGAAUUGAAUAUUAUUGGUAAAAAAUAAUGAUUUGAGUUAGAAGAAUAAGCAAGGUAACAAGUGAGUGAGUGGGGAAAGAUCUGUGAAGAUUAUUUUGACGGGAACUGAGAGGAAAAGACGGUGAUCCGAAAAUGAAGAGGAACCAUGAGAAAGGAGAGAAAAAAAAGGAUGGAUUACGCACACAAUCUUCAACCAAUAUAAAUAGCAAUGAAAUCUCCGACGAGGGAGGGAGCAACCAAAUUCAUCAACAUGCCUUCGUCAUUCAACUUCGCCUGCAUGUACAACAAGUACAUCCGGCGCUGUUUCACGGGGGCGGGCCUCUGGUCGCAGGCCCUCGCCCUUGACGACGAGACCACCAUGCACUUUUGGGGCCCAAGAAACAAAACGGCCCAGAAGCCCUCUCUGGUUCUCAUCCACGGCUUUGGGCCCGUGGCCACGUGGCAGUGGCGCAGACAGGUCAAAUCCCUGGCCCCACACUUCAACCUUUACGUUCCGGACCUCGUAUUCUUCGGAGGCUCCACCACCGUUUCCAGCGAGAGGAGCGAGGUGUUUCAGGCGAAGUCGGUGGGGAAGCUUCUGGAUAAGUUGGAGGUGGAGACGUUGCACGUGGUGGGCACCAGCUACGGUGGCUUGGUGGCUUACAAUCUGGCAAAGAUGUUGGGGGAAGGGAGGGUGAAGAAAGUUGUCAUCGCCAGCUCCGGCGUUAACAUGACCGCCAGAAGCAACCUAGAGAUGCUCCGAAGUUCUAAAUUGAACAACAUCGACGACCUCAUGUUUCCUUCUUCCCCCCACCACCUGCGCCAGUUGAUGUCCCUCUCCAUCUACAAGCCUCCCCAUGUCCCUGAUUUUGUCCUCAGUAUCUUCAUUCAUGAAUUGUACGGAGAGAAUAAGGAGAGAAAAUUGGAAAUUCUAAAAGGGAUCUCUGUCGGCAGGGAAGAAACCUCUAACGUUUCACCUCUUAAACAGAAAGUUCUGAUAGUGUGGGGGGAAGAAGACCGGGUUUUUCCGGUGCGAUUGGCGCAUGAACUGAAACAGCUGAUAGGUAAAGAUGUAAAAUUAGAACUCAUAAAGGAAGCAGCACAUGUGCCUCAAAUUGAAAAGCCAGUACAAUUCAACCGCAUCAUCAUUAAUUUUUUACGGGGGACUCAUUGACUCUAUUUUUAGCUCUAUUAACUUCAUUUUUUUUUUCUAAUUAUUCUUUCUUAGUCCGUUUAAUCAUAAUUCUUCUUCAUAAACAA